AGGGAGGCAGCAAAAGCAAAAUUCGUGAAGAAUAGUGAAAUUCGUAAAAAUCGAACGGAGAAUUGGCUGUUUCCCAUGAAACUGUGUUCUUUGCUCUACUUCCGGGACGCUAUCUAGUCGUUGCUGAUGCAAUCCACCAACCCCGUUAGUUAGGGCAGCGAAAAGGAUUCGGGAAAUUUGGGGAAUCCGAAAGUUGCGACAAACAACAACAAACAUAGCGAAUAGGUCAAGUAGCACGGGACGAUAGUAGGCAGCAGGCAGGAAGUGCACGGCAGUGCCAGUGGCAGUACCUUUCCAACCGCAAUAGAAUGAUCACACUAGCGAGGAAAAAGAAAGAAUCAAACACCAGCGGGAACAACAACGGUGGCAGCUCAGCGGCCAACGGAUCCGUGGCGAACCAGGCGACCAGCAAGCGGAUAUCGAUACGAGAGUUUCUGCUCGUCAAGGAGGUACAGGAGCUGGAACAGAAUCUACCUGCCACCUGCAAGGUAACAUUCCACGAUCCGAACGUCCUCAGCGAGUUUACGCUUGCGAUCUGCCCUAGCGAGGGGUUCUGGUGCGGUGGUCGCUUCAAGUUCAGUGUGCUGGUACCGGAAGAGUAUAACAUGGCCCCGCCCAAAGUGAAGUGUCUCACGAAACUGUGGCACCCAAAUAUUUCCGUCGACGGUGACAUCUGCCUUUCGUUGCUCCGGCUUAAUUCGAUCGAUGGUCUCGGUUGGGCACCAACCCGUCGCCUUAAGGACGUCAUCUGGGGCCUGAACUCACUCUUUACCGACCUGCUCAACUUUGAUGAUCCGCUCAACAUCGAGGCGGCGGAACAAUACUCCAAAGAUAAGGAACGCUUCCAUACGAAGGUGCGCGAGUACGUGGCGAUCUACGCACGACGAUAGUCAAACACAGCCUUGCGGUGGUGUCGUCCCGCCACAUUCUGCAAAAUUGUCAUGGUCAGUCGGGCCGGCCCUUUUCUAAACACUUCCUGUCCCUGCCAGGCCGGACCGGAAUGCCGGACCAAAUUCUGCCAGUAGAGCGUUGUGUUGUACGUGUGAAUUGGCUGCGGGGUUGGGGAAAUACUAAGAAGCGGCAUCAGCCAGUGUUCCUGCGGUCGCUCGAGCCUGCUGAUUUUACUCAGGACUCAGGAAUUCAAAAGCUUCUUCUUUUCGGCGAGAUAGAGAGAGAGAGAGAGAGAUAAAGGUAUAGCUAAUUUGUUUUGUUUUCCGUUUAUUGUAAACGAAAUGUAUCUCUAUUCCAGCAAGGUAUACGCACACAAUACAGUGAGGUGAAAGGGCAGUUUAGAAUUUGGACUCUUUUCAAUUGCAGAGACGCAGUCAAAAACCAAUCGUGAUUUGGGUGUUUUGUGUGUUUCGUACGAUGCAGGGUUAGAACAUGAACUGAUGUAUAGGUUGGAUGUCUGUGACGAUGUUUAUUUUAAUGUACUGUGCGCGUCCUUUUGCUGUAAUUUACGACCAAGAACAAGUCCCGUUUAUCCCUCUCCUGCUCUUGAUUUCCUGGCGCAGUAGGAUGGGGACACUAGUAAGAAAGGAACCGACCGGAAGAGCCGACUGCUCAGUGGUUGUUUGCCACCCCUCCUCGACAAACAACCGAUUGUAAUUAUAUACAUUAAAGAGAGAUUCAGCCGGGUACAAUUUACUGAUAAUUGAACUUUCAGCUUGUAAGAUUAGAAAUGUCUAGAGAAAUAAAUGAAAACUGCUGUGAGUUGAG